AUGGCGACUUCCAAAGUUUUCUCCGCACUGCUGAUGUCUGCUCUGCUGCUAGCCUUCGCCGCGGCGCAGUCGCCUUCCGGCGCACCGUCGCCGUCGCCAGUCGUUAAAUCACCGGCGCCUUCUCCGCUGGCGCAGCCGCCGAGUCACGCGAGCCCUAGCCCGGCCCCUACGACGGUCACCGCUCCUUCUCCUGCGUCCGCGUCGUCUUCUCCUUCUCCUACGGCGUUCUUCUCGCCGCCAGCUCCUCCUCCGUCGACUACCUCUCCCUCGCCGUCCGUCUCCGCGCCUCCGACCGCCGGUGGCGCUCCGUUGCCUUCAGCAAACGGCGCGGUAAUCAAUGGAGCAGGACUCGCUGCCGCCGCGGUCGGUUUCUUCGCCGUUAUUUUGGUUGCUUGA